GUUUAAGACGGUCUCUACUAGGUCCAUUCAACAGAGUAGGGAUCAUCGAUGUUAUACGUUUCGAGCGAUCCACAUAGAUACGAACAUGAUUCAAUGACGAAAUCAACUGGUAAGUGAACUAAUCAGACGGAAACAAGAUGAUUUUGAUGGGGUAAGACAAGCCUAAGACGCUAUUGGUAGACCCAGACAUAGAGAUGGGAGGCGCAGUUGUUAGUGCUAAGCACCAACCUACCUUUCGAUAAUAUCCCUUUGAGUUCGAGCCCUACUUGUAUAAAGGAUAUUCACGCCGAGCUGACCCCUACCUAGUUUGCUUCCCUCACAUGUACUAGGCAGAGCUCUCGCAAUUACAUACCGUCAAUAUUGAAAGAUCCCUUCACCUCACAACUCACAAGUCAAAAUGCGUUUCACCGUCUCCCUUUUCGCGGCCACCCUCGCCGCAGCCAACGUCGUGGAACAGGCACCUCGAGAUGCUAUGAUCACGCCUGCCCCGGUCUUGAAGGGACGGCAGUCGUGGCAAGACAGCCUCUCGUCGGCACUCGCCGAGGCCAGCGCGGCGCAAGCACGCGCCAGCUCUAUCGCGCAACAAUACGGAGGAAGUGGAGCAGAGUGGCGAGCAGCCGAGAGCUCCGCUCUAGCCGCAGCCAGCUCAGCCCAAGCUGCGGCGAGCAGCAUCGCCCAGCAGUAUGGAAAGCGUGAGAUCGAGGAGCGCCAGGCUUGGGAAGUUGCCGUGUCCGAGGCCGAAGCUGCUGCGAGCGCGGCGGCCGCGUUAGCCAGCAGCAUAGCCGCCCAAUACGGAAAACGGGAUGGUAAUGCUGUCGAGCCUCGCCAAGCCUGGAAGGAUGCGCAGGCUGCGGCGGAGAAGGCUGCCAGCGAAGUCGUCGCCAUAGCCAACAGCAUCGCAGGCAACUUCGGCAAGCGCCAGGAUUGGCAAUCGGUAGUUAGCUCGGCCGAAAGCCUUGCAAACUCGUGGGGCAGCGCGGGGGAGUCGCUCGGCAACUCGUGGGCUUCUGUCGGAAACAGCAUCGCCAGCUCUGCCGAGAGCUUCGGCCAGGGGGUCGCCAGCAGCGCCGAAGGUCUCGGCUCUAGCAUCGCCAACAGUGCUCAAAGCCUCGGCUCAUCGAUCGCAAACAGCGCGGAGAGCUUUGCUACGUCGGUCGUCAACAGCGCUGAGAGCUUAGCCUCAACUGCCGCCGACGCCGCACUAUCGUCUGCCAGCGAUGCCGUCAAAAGCGCCGAGAGCGUUGCCUCUACCGCCACUGGCACCGCUCAAGCAGCUGCAUCAUCUGCUGUCGAAAGCGCGCACUCGGCCGCCUCAGCCGCCUCUAGCGCCGCGUCGGCAGCCACGGAGACCGCAAGUGCUAGUGCCAGUGCUGGUCCCGAUACCAACGCUGCACCGAGCACCAUCGAGCUAUCGUCGUCGCUGCUAAGCAUGGCUGUCGCAGGUGUUGCCGUCCUCUUCGGAGCUGCCCUGCUGUAAUUUGACGAAACCGGGAUAAUCGAUGGUGUAGAUUUAGGAAAGGCCAUCAGGAGUUUACAAUAACUAUUCAAAGAUAUACAUGAGGAUAUAGAGACAUGACUUAUGCAGUCAGGCAAAUUUUAGUAAUGACACAUUAUGAAGAGACUUUUCUCCUUUUAAUUGAAAGAAGACCUGUCUCGAUUUAAUAUUCCAGAGUUGGUACAAGACGAACCCUGUCUGUCCCAGCAAACCUACCGCAAUAGUUUAUUAAUAAAUAACAAAUCAUGUAAAAUGCAGUCAGUCUACGAUAUAGGUACUAAUAAAAUGUAGUUAAUAAAAAAUGGAACACAACUUAAGCAAACGGGUAUCGUGAAGGUUGAGUUUGAAAGUUGU